CCCAUCUGACACACCAACAAACUCCCUCUCAAUUCCCUCCAUUUCAAACCUCUCCUCUCUCCAUCUCCUUCUACUCUGUUCUGCCCACUGCUUCUACUCAUCUGUGAUCAGCUCGCCGCAUCUUUCUCAUUCAAGGUUCCUUCUUUCCCUCCUUUCCUUUUCUUUAGACUUCAAUAUGAACAUCGUCUCGCUUUCUGUCUGCCAACAAGUGCCGCCCUUAGUGAAUUUCCAAACGGCACUAGCCAUGGAGCCUUUCUUCCGCCAUCCCCCGAAAGAUAAGGCGGUCGUCAUACUGGGCGCUACCGGCACCGGCAAGUCCAGGCUCGCCAUCGACCUCGCCACCUCCUUCCCUCCGGCGGAGAUCGUCAACUCCGACAAAAUGCAAGUCUACCGAGGACUCGACAUCACCACCAACAAGGUCACCGAAGAAGAAUGUCGCGGCGUCCAGCACCACCUCCUCGGAAUCGCCGAUCCUAACUCCAAUUUCACAGCUGUUGACUUCACCCGCCACGCCUCCUCCGCCAUUGAUUCCAUCGUCCGCAGAGAUCGCCUUCCCAUCAUCGCCGGCGGCUCCAAUUCCUAUAUUGAGGCCCUCAUCGAGGACGACGCUGCGUUUCGGUUGAAGUACGAGUGCUUCUUUCUCUGGGUGGACGUCUCCCUGCCCGUCCUCGAUUCAUUCCUCUCGAAGCGGGUCGAUCGGAUGAUCAAGGCGGGUCAGGUCGAUGAGGUCCGUCAAUUUUUCGACCCGGCAGGGGAUUACACCACCGGAAUCAGAAGAGCCAUUGGAGUACCUGAAUUUGAUGAAUUUCUUCGAACAGAGGCUACGGCCGACGAAGGGACCAAGAAGAGGUUACUAGAGGCUGCCAUUGCCAAGAUUAAAGCCAACAAUUGUUCGCUGGCUCGGCGACAGAUUCAGAAAAUUCAUCGACUUUACAACAUGUGGAAGCGAAACGCGUAUCGCCUCGACGCAACCGAGGUGUUCACAAAAUCGGGCGACGACGCAGAGGAACUAUGGGAGACUCACGUGCUAGCCAAGAGCCAGAGGAUUGUACGCAAGUUCCUCCACAACGACGGUCCAAUGGUUCCGCCCGCCUCAGCAAUGUCGUCGGUGCCGCUGUAUCCGCAGGCGAAGCAGGUGGCAAUGGCCACCGCCAGUCAUUAGAGCCAGAGGAAGCCAGAGAGUCUAGAAACUGUCACCAAUUGAGACGCUUCCGAUAAAACAUACUGUAUAAGGGCAUAAGGUAUUUGACUAUUUAAUUUCCCUUUGUAUUGAUUCUAUGGUACAAAUUUAUCUUCCGCAUUGAUGCACCGGCACAGAAGAACAGAAGCUGACAAGGUUCUGUUAUGACCGUGGCGGGGACGUUUAAGGGACCAAAGAAUUUGGCUGACAAGUGGGUUGAGUUGCCAUGGAGAAUCCUUCUUCCUCGUCUCUGGCUACUUCACAAGAAGUUCAUUGUUCGAUGUUGCUAGCAUUUCUUCUUUUGUUAGUGACUUUUUCUCUCGUACAUUAGAGGUGCGGAUAGAAUAUAAAUGUCUACCACAGAAUUUAGUUUUCUUUCUUUUCUUUCUUGGCAGUGAUAGUAAAAAUCCUCUUACCUUUUGUAAAAUGAUAUCGACAGCUGAUGUAAAAAAGAGUAUUAUUUUUAUAGCUUUUUUAAUCCCCAAUUGCGUUUCAGAUUC